GCCAAACAAGCGCGCAUUUACCCGGCGCGCGUUGUCGUGACCAUCGGUGCGUGUUUUUAGAAAUAGAAGUGAAACGAAGAGUUGAGCGCUGUCGUCGGGAGUCACAAAACAACGACAGUGGCGCAAAGCCUUUUGGCCGCAGAGUUGUUAGCUGUCGCUUCGAGCGCAGUGAGCUCGACGGCGCCGUUUUCCGCAGACACGCCACGGUUUGCGACGCCGAUGCUCGCUAGCUAACCGGCACUGCUUGUGUUAGCCGCCACUUGUUUUAGCCAAGGCAGUAUUUGGUGGGCGGCAGCAUGUCGGAGUCUGGCCACAGUCAGCCUGGGAUGUACGGACAAGGACGAAGGAGAAGACGACGCCGGGGAGACAGGGACACAGGUCCUCCGGGGCAAAAUCUGUCUGGUCCCAGUAGGGAUCGGGAAUAUCAACCCAGGGAACGACGGGAUGGGAGCGAGGAUCCCCCAGGACCAGUCCUUCAGAAAACACCUAUCAUACUGGCAAAACCCCCUGGUGAAAGGUCCAAGCCAUCUCAAAAUGUGCCUGUCAGUGGAGCCCCUGUCCUUGAGAAGCCCAUCAUGCUAAUCAAAGCCAGAGAGGAUGGUGGAAAGCCAGGCAUACCUCCAGAGGUGACCCCUGUACCCUCUGGUGCUGGGUCUUCAAAGUUGGAGAGGGAGGGACAGCGUCCUACCCAGCCAGUAUACCAGAUCCAGAACCGAGGCAUGGGUGCUUCUGCAUCGAGCAGUGCUGUAGACCCUGUGAUUGGUCAAAGUAAACUCCUACCUCUGGAGAAAAUGAAGCACAGCAUCAAGCUGGUGGACGAUCAGAUGAAUUGGUGUGACAGCGCCAUGGAGUAUCUGAGGGACCAGACAGAUAUGUUAGUGGUUGGAGUCAUUGGCCUUCAAGGAGCUGGGAAAUCCACCAUCAUGUCACUGUUAUCCGCAAACACAUCUGAGGAAGACCAAAGGGGGUAUGUGUUUAGGGCCCAGACUCAAGAAAUCAAGGAGAGAGGAGGAAACCAGACCAGCGGGAUUGAUUUCUACAUCACACAGGAAAGAGUCAUUUUCUUGGAUACACAGCCUGUCCUCGGCCCCUCCAUUUUGGACCAUCUCAUCAACAACGAUCGGAAGUUGCCUCCAGAGUAUAACCUCCCUCACACAUAUGUAGAGAUGCAGUCUCUUCAGAUCACUGCCUUCCUGUUCACAGUGUGCCAUGUGGUCAUAGUAGUACAAGACUGGUUCACUGACAUAAACCUGUAUAGAUUCCUUCAGACUGCUGAGAUGCUGAAGCCUUCUACCCCUUCAACAAGCCAUGACAACACAGGGUCGUCAGGCAAUGAUGAUGGAGCUGAGUACUAUCCCCAUAUAGUCUUCCUGCACAACAAAGCCAGGCGAGAUGAAUUUUGUCCCAGGAAUCUGAAAAACAUGCAUUUUGUGGUGGACAAAUUGAUGGCCCACUCUCAUCUUCGAUACAAAGGAACGCUGUCCAUGCUUGACUGCAGUAUUUUCCCUGGGCUGGGGAAAGACUAUCUGGAGACAGAGGUUAACAUGUUCCUGCUGCCUGUGCAGGAGAAUGAAGGGGAGGAUGUUCUGACCAAAGCAGGGUCUGGGUCCUCCCCACUCUUCUCAUUGCUGCCGGGAUACAGAGGACAUCCUACAUUCUCCUCUAUGGUUUCCAAGCUCCGCACCCAAAUACUGGCCAUGCCCCGGUGUCAGCUGUCACACACCAUCCUUACUGAGAAGAACUGGUUUCACUAUGCAGCGCGCAUCUGGGAUGGGGUGAAAAAGUCCUCAGCCCUCUCUGAAUACAGCCGCCUGUUGUCCUAGUGAGUACUGUCAAGGCGCUCCAGAAAAGAGUCACACUGAGAGACAGGAAGCUCUGAGGUUGGACAAAGUCACUUCCGUAUCGUGGGAGGGACUAGCUGAACAGUGUCAUCGAAUCCCAUUUGGUGGUAAAAAAAUGGACAUUGCCCAGGACACCAUGAGGAAUAUGCUGAGCAGACAGAACUGAGCUUGCUCUAAUUGUAAAAGAUUGCUUGAUUACUACAUAUCAAAUAUGUGGGCGUUGAGUAAUAAAAGCCUACUCUGCACCAGAAGGGACAACCGUCACAUGUACAUAAUGUAACCAAAAUAUGUAAAUAUUUUUUGAGAGCCAUCAUUGAUUUCAGAUGUGCUAACAACUGUCCUAGUAUACUUGUUUUGUGGAGAAAUGUUUUCUGAGAGAAAGUUGCAACACCCCUGUAAUAGUUUUUUGUUUUGUUUUUUUUUGUUUCUUACAACUAUUGAACAUCAACACGUUGUACCUUGUUAAUUUGAUGAAAUAAAAGGAACAUUUCAGAGAUUUAAAUUUUUGUGGUUCCUUUUCAUUUUUACUCCUCUAAUAUCUUUGAGGGCAAGGCUGAA